AUGUCACAUUUUUUUAAAUACAAGAAUUUAUAUAUAACUCCGCCUGGGGCAGCUGUGGGUGGAUUGAGUAGCUCACAGUUGUCACUGCCGGUCCCAAGCCCGGAUAAAGGAGGAGGGUUCUUAGGUAAGGCUAGCAACCUGCUUAAGGUAAAACACUCACAUGCUCAAAGCACCGGUAAUACAGCUUCGGAACCAGGAUUGAUUUCACAGAUAACGACCAACGCGCGAAAAAGGACAAGGAACAAACUUUAUAUGAAGAAGCAACAAAUAAGAAUUGCAUGCUGGAAUAUAAAAACAGUUUAUUCGAAAGACCAUGAACUAAUUCCCGAACUCAACGAACAUAAAAUAGACAUAUGUGCACUUUCCGAAACAAAAAAGAAAGUUAAAGAAACAACAAAACUCAAUAACUACAUUUUAGUAUACUCAGGCGUACCAAAAGACCAAAGAGCAACAUCAGGCGUUGGAGUAGCUAUAAAUUAUAAAUAUGAACAGAAUAUAGAAAGCAUAGAAUACGUGUGCGACAGAAUCCUGAGAGUAAAGAUUAUGUUUGACCAACCCAUUCACAUUAUAUCAGUGUACGCACCCGACAUUAAUAAACCUGAAGAAAUGUCAAUGGACUUCUACGAAAAUCUACAGUCAGCGAUAGACAAAAUACCAAGGCAUGAAAAGAUAAUUCUGUUAGGGGAUUUAAACGCAAGAAUUUGA